AUGAAGUUUACAGCAACUACCCUGGUCCUUUCCCUCACUCUUUUUGUUGGAUCUGCGACAGCCUCUUGUGCUCAUGGAACAGAUCUCAUGAAGCGAACAACCUUCACCAAACGAGAUCUUUCUAAUGGAAGAUUGGUUGAGCGUGUUGAGCCAGCAGCAUUUGGAUAUCACGGUCCAAGAGGACCGUAGGUUACACCUUUUUUCCUUAUUCCACUGCGCACAACUAACUUUUAUAGGGCUGCGUGGCAUUCUCUGAAGCCUGAAUGGGAAACUUGCAAAACUGGCAAACAACAAUCGCCAAUUGAUCUCAUAGCUGGCGCCACCAAACCUGUCGAAGCUGGCGCUAUUAAGUUCGAUUUCCCACUUGUCAACACCACUGAAUUCGAGAACUUGGGGACAACAAUCGAAGUAAUUAUGCAGGGCAAAGGUGCAACAACAACCAUUGACGGAAAGGUUUUCAACAUGCGACAAUUCCACUUCCACACACCCGGAGAACACACCAUCAACGGAGAGUACAUGCCACUUGAAAUGCACAUGGUUCACCAAUCCGACGAUGGAAACUUUGCAGUCAUUGCAGUUGGUUUCCAGCUCAAUGAGAAUGGCGACCUUAAUGAUGUCCUCGAACAGCUAGCCCCAAAGCUUUAUGCCAUCAAGGAACCUGGUGCCAUCACUCAGACCGGUGAACUCAACCUUGCUUCCCUCGUCGCAGACCUUUCUUCCCAACCAUUCAGCAACUAUGGAGGAUCUCUUACCACCCCCCCUUGCACUGAGGGUAUCAAUUUCUAUGUCGCUCAAAAUCCUGCUCAGCUUGAUGUCAAGACUUUCAACGCUAUAAAGUCUAUCGUGCACUUCAACUCCAGAUUCGUGCAGAACGACAUUGGCGCUGGCAACGUUCUCACCAUGUAA